GUAAAAAACAGAGCAACACAUUAUUUUUAAAGAUAACACGAUUAUAUAAACGAGAAGAGUACAAUAAAUGUUUUCAAGAGCUUGCGCCAGGGAAGCUAGCUCAGUAGUCUUCAAACAUUUACGUGAAAAGGACCGAUCAUGUCCCAGCAGACCCAGCAACCGGCCAUUCCCAAGAGCUGCUAUCAGUUGUGGGGUGGACGCUUUAGCCAGAAGCCCCAUCAAGCUCUCCAGGCCCUGAACAAUAGCCUGCCCUACGAUUCCAGGCUCUACGCGGACGACCUGGACGCCAGUAAGGCCUAUGCCGAGGCACUACAUAGAGCCGGACAUCUGGAUGCCGCCGAAGCGGACAAGUUAGUAAAGAGUCUGGAGCUGCUCCGCUUCGAUUGGGUUGAGGGAGGUGUGAAGUUCCAGCCCGGCGACGAGGACGUGCACACGGUCAAUGAACGGCUGCUGGUGGAGAUCACUGGCGAGCUGGGCCAGCGUCUGCACACUGGACGCAGUCGCAACGAUCAGGUGGUUACUGACAUGAAACUUUGGAUGCGCAAGGCCAUUCGUGAAACCCUGGGACGUGUAAGCCGUGUGAUUGAAACGGCCACCCGGCAGGCGGAGGAGAAUCUGGGCGUCCUUAUGCCCGGUUACACGCAUCUGCAACGCGCCCAGACAGUCCAGUUCUCCCACUGGCUGCUCUCCCAUGCCUUUGCCCUGCGUGAAGAUGCCAAGCGCUUGAUCGAGCUCCGGGAAAGAGCCAAUGUUCUGCCCCUCGGAAGCGGAGCCCUGGCAGGGAACCCCCUGGGAAUUGAUCGCCUAUGGCUGGCGGAACGUCUGGGCUUUUCGGGAGUAACGCCCAACAGCAUGCAUGCGGUAGGAGAUCGGGAUUUUGUGGUGGACUUCAUUUACUGCUGCUCCUUGGUGAGCCUUCACCUCUCCCGUUUAGCCGAAGAUCUCAUUAUCUACAGCACUAAGGAGUUUAACUUCAUUCGACUGGACGAUAGCUUCUCCAGUGGCAGCAGCCUGAUGCCACAGAAACGGAAUCCCGACAGCUUGGAACUUAUUCGAGGUAUAUCUGGAGUGAUCACUUCAAAUUUAACGGGAAUAAUGAUGACUAUCAAGGGCACUCCGUCCACCUACAACAAGGAUCUUCAGUUCGACAAGGAGUAUUGCUUCCAGUCCUUUGACAAGCUGUCCCAGGUCCUUGAAGUGACAGAUGGAGUACUGCAGACGAUGCAAGUACAGCGGGAUGCGAUGGAGUCGGCGCUUAGUACGGAUAUGUUGGCCACGGAUUGGGCCUACUAUCUUGUUAAGAAGGGCAUUCCCUUCCGCCAGGCCCAUCAUUUCAUUGGCAAAGUGGUUUCGCUGGCGGAGGAGCGUGGAGUGGGUAUCACCGAGGUGCCACUGGGAGAGCUCCAGGUGAUAUGCCCCGCCUUCGGAUCAGACAUCGCCAGUGUGGCGGACUAUGCCAAUAACGUGUCGCAGUACGACGUGAUCGGCGGAACUGCCAGCGCAAGUGUCGUGGAGCAGCUUCGAUUACUUAAAAAGUUUGCCAAGGAAUUGCGCAAACAGUCCUAGGACCGAAGCUUUAUUAUUUUUUCGUUUCGUUAACAAAUUAAAAUUUUUAAAUUACAAA